UCAGUUCUGAUUAGACCGUACGGGCGUGCGGUCGUCGUUUAAUUCUCGUCUCGCUGUUCUCGUUUCCUAUUUCACAGUUCGAUACGAUACGAUUGUGUUGAUUUCGCGCGUUUUGUCGCUGCGCGCGCGUUGUAGAUGUUUAUGCGACUGUGUGUGAGUGUGUGCGAGUGUGAGUGUCAGUGUCUGUGAAUUUAUUUAACAACGCGCGCUAUUCAGCCUAAUAUAUAUAAAUACGUAUAUUGAUAUAAAUAAUUAAGCUACAUAUACACAUGUGAAAUUUGUCCAAAUUGCCAAGAGCAGUAGCAACAAUAACAACAACAGAAGCAGUAAAAGCACCAACAACAACAGCAACAACAACGACAUCAACUGGGUGGCAACAAGAGCCUACAAUCAUUCGGGUGCCGGCAACAAGUGGAAAACGGAACGCGUUUUGCCUGCAUUGGGCAGGCAAUCGUAGCGCGCAGCUGGCGGCUGUGAGUUUUCCUUUGCGGGUUUUCUGGCUAUUUUCUUUGCCAUGGUAAGCCACAAUGCGAAAAUUGUGAAAACGGAAAAUGGCACGAACGCGUCCAUUAUUGUAACUGGAGGCAGCGACUCUGGCGGUGGAAAUGCAAUGCAACCUAUGAAGACAACGACGACAGAAGCGACGACGACUAUGGCAACUACUACAAUGGCAUUGUCCACAUCCCUGGCCGAGUUGAGUGACCAGGAGAAUGGUACAACGGCUGAGGAUAUACACCUAAACGAUUUAUAUACACGCUAUCGGCAGAGGCUGCGCAAGUCGCUGUUCAGAUCGGGGCUGCUGACAUCGCUGGUGGCAUGCGUCGUAUCCAUAAUAAUUGGUAUCGUUUACGACCAGCACCUGAUGCAAACACUGUUGCUGGUGGUGGCGGCCCUAAUCUCUGGCUCAAUACUGACGGCUCUACAGUUUCCGGCCGUGCUCAGCUCACCGGCAGCUGCUCUGGCCUUUGCCAUUGUUACCACCUUCUCGCUGGGCACCAUUGCGGCCAUCACCGGCAGCGAGUUGGCUCCUCUGCCCAUGUACGCUCUGUUUCUGGGCAUUCAUACGAUGCUGCCUAUUUCCUGGCCCGUGUCUGUGGUGCUGGCCCUAUUUAUGACUGCCAUACACAUCGGCUACAGAUUCGGCUGCCCAGAAGAUGAAGAUGGACCUGAUUUGGCCAUGCUGUUUGGCGAGAUUGUGAUGCUGGCCAGCGCAUCCGUUUCCGGUCUGUACUAUCGCAUCAUGUCGGAUGCGGCACAUAAUCGCACAGUUGACGGCACACGCACGGGCAUCGAGCAGCGUGUGAAGCUCGAGUGCGAGCGAGAGCAGCAGGAGCAGCUGCUCCUCAGCGUUAUACCCGCUUACAUUGCCGCCGAGGUUAAACGCAGCAUUAUGCUGAAGAUGGCGGAUGCGUGUCAACGUGCCGGCGGACAGGCUUCAACGUCAGCGACGCGCUUCCACGAGCUGCACGUGCAACGCCACACGAAUGUCACAAUACUUUUCGCAGACAUUGUAAACUUUACGCCGCUGUCAUCGUCACUCACAGCCAGCGAUUUGGUCAAAACACUCAACGAUCUCUUUGGUCGCUUCGAUCAAAUUGCACAGGAGAACCAAUGUCUGCGCAUUAAGAUUCUGGGCGAUUGCUAUUAUUGUGUGUCGGGUUUGCCCAUUUCACGGCCACAGCACGCUACCAAUUGCGUCAACAUGGGCCUGCAAAUGAUCGAUGCCAUCAGACACGUGCGUGAGGCAACCGGCAUAAAUGUUGACAUGCGAAUUGGCAUACACACGGGCAAUGUGCUCUGCGGUGUCCUUGGCCUACGCAAGUGGCAAUUUGAUGUUUGGAGCGAUGAUGUUACCCUGGCCAACCACAUGGAGAGCGGCGGCGUUGCGGGCCGUGUGCACAUCACCAAGCAAACUUUGGACUUUCUGGGCGAUAAAUUCGAGGUGGAACAGGGCGAGGGAGGCGGACGCGAUGCCUACCUAGCAGACCAUAAAAUCGAAACCUAUCUCAUUGUGCCACCCAAGCCCGCCUACAUGCAGAGUGUGCCACGCGUGGUCGAGUGCAUUGAGAACGCAGAUCCACCCCACGAGCCAACAACGCCAGUCAAAGAGGAUGGCGAUGUCACCGAGAAGCUGCUGCCCGCUGUCGAGUCGCGUUCUCCGGUUACAACCACCGUCGAGGCUCCCGAGAAGCUGUCGCCCACUUCCACCAACAGUCAGGAUGCUGCGUUGCAUGCACCGCUGACCUCGGCCGCCUCCAUGUCCAUCAAGGAGCUGUCCGAAGAGGAGGAAGAUGCCGCUGCCACCGAGCCGUUGGUUGGCCACACACAAUCAGAGCAGGAGCAACUGGUCAAUAAUGAGCCACCAUUACCGACUAUUGUGCAUCGUGGCAGCGGUGACUCUGCUGCCUCGGAAUCUGCCCCGAAAUCAGCUGCUCUAUCGCUGCCUGCCGAGGAUCUGCUUAGCAUGAGUGGCAGUGAGAGUGGCAUCUCCAACGGCGGCACUCCCGCAGCAAAUGCAUCCAAUGCGGUCAGCACGCCCACCACAACAACGGCAGCUGCUUCGACAGCUGGCACCAACAGUCUAACGGUAGCCGAAGCUCCCGAACGCUCGCGCCGCAAAUUGUCUGUUCAAGGUCUGAUGUCCUUUGCCGACAGACGACGCUCCUCCGGCGCCUUCAUCGAGGGACGCAAGCUGUCCAUACACAGUGGCGAAAGUUUUCGCAGUCAUGCGGGUCAUGUCACACGCAAUCGGCCCUCAUCGAAGAUGACCAAAUAUGUGGAGUGCUGGGGUGCCGAUCGACCCUUUGCCAACAUUGCCGAAUCGAAGCUGGUCAAGAAUAUUGGACUUGCGAGCAUUGCCAUGAUUGAAUCAAAUUUGCUGCCGCCGGAGCGUAAAUGUUUCAAUUUUAACUUCUUUGGGCCGCCCACGGAGCUGAAGCCGCUGACCAUGUGGUAUCGCAACACGCCCCGGGAGGCCAUGUACCGUGAGCAGCCGGAUACGCAUUUCCGCUACGACCUGAUAUGCGCCUUUGUCCUCUUCGUCUCCCUGGCCGUCGUCCAGUUGAUUGUAAUUGAAUUGAAUCUGGCUCUGGUCGGUUCGCUGCUCGCCAGUUUCAUUUCGCUGUCGCUGUUCCUCUAUCUGAGCAACAUGUCUGUGCCGGAUGUGCACGCAUCGACCACGGAGCGCAAUGGUCCUGGACAGGUUGUGGCCAGCAGUCGCUAUCUGCGCUUGGCCAUGUUCAUCAUCGUCAACAUACUCGUCUCUUCAUGUGCCGUAUUCAGCGUGAUCAACUAUUCACUGACCGAUGAAGAGCCGUUGCUUAUGGAGAGCAACAACAGCACGAACAUCACCAGCAAUGCGUACAACAAUAACACCAACACACUGCCGGUGGAAUCAUUUAAGCCGUUGGAUAUUGAUAUUGACUUAGCACCCAUUUUUCUCUUCUGCUGCGCCAUUAGCUUGGCGGCAAUAUCGGCAUUUCUGCGAUCUGGAUUCAUACUCAAGCUGAUCACCAUGCUGCUGGCGCUGAUCGGACAGAUGCUCGUGCUUCGCUAUAGCGAUCUCUAUGAACAGUACAAUCUAGUCCACAAUUACAAUAGCUUGCCGCUGGAAGUAAAGGGGUUUCUGCUGUUGCUGCUCGUGAUUGCUGUGCUGCACACGCUGGAUCGCCAAGGUGAAUAUGUGGCACGCACCGAUUUUCUGUGGAAGGCCAAGCUGAAGGUCGAACAGGAGGAGGUGGAGACCAUGCGAGGCAUCAAUAAGAUAUUGCUGGAGAACAUAUUGCCAGCUCACGUUGCCACGCACUUUCUGCAUCUGGAGCGUUCAACGGAACUGUAUCACGAGAGCUACUCCUGUGUGGCAGUAAUGUUUGCCUCCAUACCCAACUAUAAAGAGUUCUACGAUGAGACCGAUGUCAACAAACAGGGACUCGAGUGUUUGCGUUUACUCAACGAGAUCAUUUGUGACUUUGAUAAGUUACUUUUGAAACCCAAAUUCAGUGGCAUCGAAAAGAUUAAAACUAUAGCCAGCACCUAUAUGUGUGCAUCGGGUUUAAGACCUGGCAAGGAGGAUGGCGCUACGUCGCGUAGCUUUGCGGAUGAGAAACGCACUGAGGAGCACAACGUGGUCAUAUUGGUUGAGUUUGCGAUUGCUUUGAUGUCCAUAUUGGAUUCAAUAAAUCGCGAAUCGUUCCAACGUUUCCGUUUGCGCAUCGGACUGAAUCACGGCCCGGUAAUUGCGGGCGUGAUUGGCGCCCAGAAGCCGCAAUAUGACAUCUGGAGCAACACCGUGAAUGUGGCAUCCCGCAUGGAUUCGUGCGGCGUCAUGGGACGCCUUCAGACUACGGAGAAUACAGCUAAGAUAUUAAUGGCCGCCGGAUACGAAUGCGAAUGCCGGGGCCUCACCUAUGUCAAGGGCAAGGGAAAUCUAGUCACAUAUUUUGUAAAGACACCAUUCGAUGGUAAAUUGUAAUUGCGAUGCGAUGCGACCAGUUGGCCAGCGCAAUUUGUUGUUAAUAAUAAUGCUAUUUAUCAUUAUUGUAUGUAUAGGCAUAUUUAUGUUAAGGCAUGUUGUUAUUUAUUUUCAAAAAUAUUUUUUAAGAAUUUUAAGCAUUUAAUCUACGUUGCACACUAGGAAUUAUAUUAAGUCAAUACAUUUGUUUUAGUUAGAUUUUUAAUUGUUAUUUAGCACGAUUUAUUGUUGGCAAUUAGUAAUCAGCAGAGUAGCUCACUUAAACAGCGAAUAAUUAUAUGACGAUAAAUUAUACUAUUAUGUAAACAAAAUGACAACUACUCAUGCAUACUAAUCUACUUAUAAUAUAAUACUAUGAAAUAUUUAAUGAAAUUUAUGCAAAACUAACCCGACAAAUGGAAAGAUACAAAUGCAAUUUAGCUCACCCCUCAACAAAAGAAAAUGAAGAAAUAAUUAACGAUACCAAGAUUAUACUACAAAUAUAGAAUUUAAUCAUAUUUAUUGUAUUAACGUUUUUCCAAUAGAUUCUGUUCGUAAUUAUUCGUUAUUCGCGUCUAUUGGAGAAAUGCUUAAAUUUAUAAAUCGUUAACUAAACAAUGUGCCAUCACAGGUCGAACACAACGCGGUUAAAAUAUAAUUUCAACGACCUCAAGCUAAAUUCUAUCAACAAGAUUUAAACUACUUAUGAUAUAAUGUAAAUUUUAUAAACUUUUCUACUAUCACACCUCUAUACACCAAAUGGAUCUGCUGACAAUGAUUUGAAUAUUGCACACGUAUUCGUUUAUAUUCAGCAGAUAUUCAAACUGAACAUAUCCCAACCAAUAUGCUAUACCUCCGACUCUUAAACUAUGGAAACUGUACUCUAUGCAUAUCUCUGUAAUUGCUAUCCAAAAUUUACAAUUAACCACAGAUAUUAUCGAAAUAUUUACGAAUGUAUUUACGAGUCAAAUAUAUUCAUUUGAAUAUGAAAUCGGACGUUUCAUUAGCUUGUUAUCAAGAUUAUUUUUCCCAUUUUACAGCAUUUGACGUAUUUAUGAUGAUGAAUAAAAUAAAACAAAAAUUCUUUGAAAUAAAAUAUAUCAAAACUUUAUUUUCACUUGUCUCGUUUGUCAAAUACGAUUUGUAUAUUCUUUAUUACAAUCAAAUUAUUUUCAUACAUUUUGUUCCCGAAAUUUCUGAGCCAAAGUUACUUCCAUGAUGAAUUUGAAUUCCGCAUGGAUUAUUUUUAAGUACUCUUAUAUUACUUACAUAUGCUAUAUGAACAUUAUGAACAUAGCACUCAAGGGACGAUAUACGGUGCAAACGGAAUACAAAACAUUUCUGAUGGUGCCAUACACAAGAGAAACUAUAUUGCUAUAUAGUGAGAGGCGCGACAACACGAUGGUGCCAAUAAUUGCCACCCUCUUGGGCUGCGUAUUUUGGAAUUUUAUCAAUCAUGUGCGUUUGCGAUAUUAUCCGCAACAUGACAUAUUUCAGCGCUUAAUGUUAAGAACUUACUGGCUAUUCAAGUUGCCAGUUCUUUUGAUUUGUGUCAUAGGCAUGAUCACGAUAAUACUGGCCAAUUAUCAGCUCUAUAAGUUAAGAGUUAUACUGACGAAUAAGAACGUCGUAGAUGUCAUAUUGAUUGGCUACAAAAUCAAGUUGUUGUGGCAUAUCUUCUUCUUUUUGGGGGGCUAUGAUCAUCUGGAUGGACGAGUACAAAUUGUAUACUCACAUAAUGAAGCCAACAGUUGUACCCGCUCCCGCGCUUGCGCCCCGAUAAUGCUUAUGUUGAAUUUUUAUUUUUGUAAAGUACUUUUCGAGUUAUGUAGCCCCAUCAAAUUGGUUUCCAGUUACAACAUCCAGCCGAGAGACCAUCAGCAAAAAAUUUGGAAUUAUCGUACUACGUGGCAGGGCCUCUUGAUGAAGUCAGCAAAUAAAUGUAAUGGAUCGGAUUUCUAAAGCUGAUAUUUAAGUGGAGUUCCUCAAAUCGUCAAAUCACAACGCAGGCGCAGACUCGAAUUAGUUGCUUUCUAGACGUUCAUGCUGUCGGUACUUAAACCUUUUAUCAAAUAUUUCUAAAUAAAGUAUUUUACAUAGAUAUCUACGGAGAUUUCUGAAGUCAAUUCGAGUGUUGUGUUCAUAUGGCUUAAUUGUUUAAAAAAAAUAUUCAUUUAUGAGCAAUACGCAUAAAACAAAAAGUAAAAAUAAAACAUAACAAAUCACAGAAGAAAACUGCAAAACAAAAAUGAACUUAAUAGCUAAUUCAGACGCGUCUAUAUAUACACAUAUAAAUUCUUAGCGGCUUCACACGUUUUAAAAGUGUGGCAGACACACUUUGCCGGCAAAUAACUCGGAUACAACUGUGAUCCACAGCGCCAGCACAAACAUUAUAUAGGAUAUGCCGAUUUUGAAUGUGUUUGGCAGCUGGUAAGCCUGGCCGCCGAUCUCUUCGAUGUGAAAACCGAGCGGAAAGACAA